AUGUACAGCUAUGGCGCUUCCAAGGCCAAGCAAAGGAAAGAAUCACACUUGGCCAGGCACUCCCGGCGCUCGGCACAUAGAAGAGCUAGCCUCGAUACCGAUGCCAGAGACGAGGAGGCCACCGCCAUCUUGGAGGGUGACGUGAAGACCGUGGAGGAUGGUGGUGGCGACGGAGGCGGAGGCGGAGGAGGAGGAGGAGGAGGAGGGAGGCUGUAUGUAGCCGUCGGGAAGGACGAAGAGGAUGGUAGGUCCAACCUCCUAUGGGCCGCUCGGAAUCUCCUCGCCGGUGAUGAGAAGCUUGUGUUGCUGCACGUCCACCAGCCCGUACACAGAAUCAUGACUGGAUUCCACACGGUUGAUGCAAGCCAGCUCCAGGAGAAGGAGCUCAAGGCGUACAGGAUGGAUGAGCAGGAGGAGAUGAACACACUUUUGAACCACUACCUCGACUUUUGCAGAGAUUCUCUCAUGAUGCAAGCCGAAACGCUGGUGACCGAGAAGAACAGUACUGUGAAUGGCAUCAUCAAGCUCAUCGAACAGAAUCACAUCACAAACCUUGUCAUGGGAACAUCCUUAUUCUCACCUGACAUCCAGACCAAAUACACCUUCGUAAUGAGGAAGAGCAAAGCACCAAAUUCAAGAGUUGCAGAAAUUGUGCAUCAACAAGCCAAACCAUAUUGCCAGAUCUUCUACAUUUGCAACGAGACUCUUGCUUGCUCUAGGGAGGCCACUCUGUGUUUGACAAAAGUAGAGUCAGCACAAAGCAACUACACAAGCAAUGAUUCAGACAGAUCCGAGUUCCCUGCAAGAUCCCAAUCACUAUCACCAGGGCAUACGGGUUUCUUCGGCUCUACAGAUCAGCAAGCCCUUGAACGACGAUCCAAGCAGAUAGUUAGCUAUACAUAUCCUCUGUUAGCAACGAUAACAAACAGCAAGGACAACAUAUCAGGUGCAAAGGGACAGUCAAUUCAUACGACGACGACAGAGUUCUCCCUGAAUCCCAGCCAGCAAAGCUUUGGAGGACCUUCACCAGCUCUCAAGGAUUUCAACAGCAUGAAUGGUUCAUUGAUGCCUGUUUCAGUUGCAAGCUCUAAAGAACAUCAACACUCUAUGGUAGAAACUGGUGUGCAACAUGAUGUGAUUGAGCAACUGCGCCGAGUCCGCAAUGAGCUGGAGCGCUCAAAAAAAGAAGCAUCCGAGGGCCAGCAGAAAGGCGAGAGGAAUAUGUUUGAAGCUUCUAUGAUGUUCAUGGCACGGGAGAAUGCACUCCGCAAAGAAAAAACGGAGGUAGAGGAGAGACUGGACAGAGAAAAGACUGGACUCCGGAAGGAGCACCUCCAAAUAUGCAACGAGCUGCACAAGGCAAAUGAGAAAAGAGCGGAGCUGGAGGAGAUGCUUCUCCAGAAAAAUUACCUAGUGGCAAAGCUCGAGCAGUCGCAAGGAGAGCUGCAACGCGAGAAAGACCAUGUCACAAAGCAAGUUGAGCAGAUGUGCCAAGCAAACAGUAGCAGCGUCUUUGUAUUUGGCUGUGCCUCUACCACUACUACUAGUGUCAUUCCAUUAACAGAGUUCAGCCACAUGGAGAUAAAAGAAGCGACAGCCAACUUUGAUGACUCCAAAAAGAUCGGGCAAGGUGGGUGUGGAACCGUCUACAAGGGAUUUCUCCGUCAUACUACCGUAGCCGUAAAGAGAUUGAACCGUGAAGGCACAACAGGAGAUAAAGAGUUCAAUGACGAGGUAGAAACACUUUGUAAGAUGAGGCAUCCGAACCUUGUCACCCUGAUAGGAGUGUGCAGGGAGGCCAACGUGCUGGUCUUCGAGUUCUUGUCAAAUGGAAGCCUAGAGGACUGCCUGCAGCACGACCACCAAAGAGAGGCGCUCUCAUGGCGAAUGCGCGUGAGAAUUGCUGCCGAGAUCUGCACGGGACUUAUCUUUCUCCACUCCAACAGACCAAAAGGCAUUGCCCAUGGUGAUCUCAAGCCCGAAAAUGUCCUUCUCGACGCCAGCUUUGGCUGCAAACUGGCAGACUUUGGGAUCUCCCGUCCCUUGAAUGUGACAAACACAACAAUCACCCCUUACCACCGAACAAAUCAACUCAAAGGCACAAUGGGAUACAUGGACCCGGCAUACAUUGCCUCAGGGGAGCUCACAGCACAGUAUGACGUCUACUCCUUUGGGGUGGUGCUUAUGCGGCUGAUAACUAAUAAGAGCCCCCUAGGCCUUCCUCAUGCCGUGGAGGCAGCCCUAAGAACUAACAAGUUGCCAGAUAUAGUUGAUACUUCUGCAGGGGAAUGGCCAUCUGAGCCUACUGAAGAGUUGGCAAGACUAGCACUCAGAUGUUGUUGGUAUGAGAGAAAAGAGCGACCUGAUCUUGAAAAUGAGGUCUGGGUUGUGAUUCAAGCUAUGUUGAACUAUCCAGAGGAUAAAUGCAAGCCACCAACAUUUUUCAUCUGUCCAAUUACACAGGAGAUCAUGAGGGAUCCAUGCAUCGCUGCUGAUGGAUUUACAUAUGAACGUGAGGCCAUCAAGGACUGGCUUGCAAUGGGGAACAAAAUGUCCCCCAUGGCCUACCUCAGCUUGGCACACCAUGACUUGACACCGAACAAUGCCCUUCGCUUUGCAAUUCAAGAAUGGCAAAAGCGACAGCAACAUUGA